AUGCUCCUCUCUUCCUCACAUUUGAAAUACCCAUUACCCACUCCUUCAAGAAGAACGGCUGAACCUGUUGCUGCUCCCGCUCGCUUGAGCCUCCGUCCCUGUUCGACAAUUCUUGAAGAGCUUCAGCUAGGCAGGCAGCAGCUCUUGACUUCCCACUACAAGGAUUAUACUAAACGAGUAGUCGGCAUGAAGCUGAAGGUAGCAUGCAGGAAAAUUUACGACUAUGUCCGCCAUGAUCUCAAAGAAAUAGCAUUUCCUUCGUCUUUGCCGGAUCCCCCUCACAUCAAAAAACGUCACAAACUUACUUGGAAAGAGCGUUUCCUUGUAUUGAAGGAAGCGUCUAGACUUUAUGCAGCUAGCUGGGUAAGGGAUAUCGGUCCAGACCUCAGGCCGAAUGACUACAAAAAGGAAGAGAGGAAAGAUGAAUCCAACGGGGAGAAAGGCACAACAAAGGAUAGGGAACCGUCGACCCUAGAGGAUCUUGCUGUUGCUGCAAGGGGGGGAAUGGAGACAUUAAGGCCUGCAUUGCAACGGGUAUACAAGAAGUCAUGGAGAAGAAGGAAGAUUCUAAAUCUCAACCUGGAGAGGACACUCCAAAAGGACCUAUAUGACCUCUCUGGAACUUGCCAAAAGCAGCUUUUUGUAAUGUUGGGUUCAACUAAGGAGAUCUAA